GUUUCUUGUGAAAGAAUGGGAAUUAUUAGAAUGAAAAAGUGUUGGUUUGUUGGGGUGUUGUUGAUUGUAGUGACCUUGUUAGGGGUUGAAGGGUACCCAAUUGAGGAUCUAGUUGUAAGACUACCUGGCCAACCUAAGGUUGAAUUCAAGCAAUAUGCUGGCUAUGUUGAUAUUGAUGUAAAACAUGGGAGGAGUCUCUUUUACUAUUUUGUUGAGGCUGAACAUGACCCUCACAAAAAGCCUCUCACACUUUGGCUCAAUGGAGGUCCGGGAUGCUCCUCACUUGGAGGAGGCGCUUUUACUGAACUGGGUCCGUUUUAUCCUACUGGUGAUGGACGUGGUGUACGAAGAAAUUCAAAGUCAUGGAAUAGAGCUUCCAAUCUCCUCUUUGUGGAGUCUCCUGCUGGAGUUGGUUGGUCAUAUUCAAACACAACUUCUGAUUACAACACUGGUGAUACCAACACAGCCAAUGAUAUGCUUUUGUUCUUCCUGAAAUGGUAUGAGAAGUUUCCUUCAUACAAAUCAAGGAAGUUGUUUCUUACCGGAGAAAGCUAUGCAGGACACUACAUUCCUCAGUUAGCCAAUGCAAUUCUUGAUUAUAAUGCUCAUUCAACCAAUUUCAAGUUCAAUAUAAAAGGACUCGCCAUUGGAAAUCCACUUUUGAAUAUGGGUCGUGAUACACAAGCAACAUAUGAAUACUUCUGGUCACACGGAAUGAUUUCUGAUGAAAUUGGCCGUACCAUUAAGAACGAUUGCAAUUUCAAUGGUUUUACCGAUUCAGGUUCUCAUAAUGUAUCCAAAUCGUGCAACAAAGCCCUAAACGAGACUAAUAAAAUUGUGAGCGACUAUGUAGACAACUACGAUGUGAUUCUCGAUGUUUGUUAUCCGGCCAUAGCUCUACAAGAAAUCCUAUUGAGAAAAAUGGCUACUAAAAUUAGUUUAAGUGUAGAUGUUUGUAUGGGUUAUGAAAGUGAUUUCUACCUUAACUCCCCAGAGGUUCAAAAGGCUCUCCAUGCCAAUCGUACCAAACUUCCAUAUCCAUGGUCCAUGUGCAGUAAUGUUUUAAAUUAUAGCGAAACGGAUCCUAACAUUGAUAUGCUUCCAAUUCUUAAACGAAUAGUUCAAAACCAUAUUCCGGUAUUGAUUUACAGUGGAGACCAAGAUUCAGUUGUACCAUUAUUAGGUACUCGAACACUCAUUCGCGAGUUAGCUCAUGACCUGAAAUUUAAGAUCACCGACCCAUAUAGAGUUUGGUUUCACAAUGGCCAGGUUGGAGGUUGGGUAACUGAGUAUGGAAAUUUGUUGACUUUUGCCACUGUAAGAGGAGCAGGUCAUAUGGUACCAUAUGCACAACCUUCUAGAGCCUUACAUUUGUUUAGUUCCUUUGUGGGUAAUAGGAGACUACCAAACACUACUACCCCUUCAAUUGGAGGAUGA